AGCUGUUCCUUCUUCCAAGAACGACUACGUUUAUGGAAUAAAGUGGACUCGCAGUGGACACCAACUGUCCACAGUUGACAUGAAUGAGGGGGGUGUGAUGGUAGGCGAGAAGAAGAUGCCACCCGCUACUAUUUCCCUGAAGGGUGGGGACUCAAAUGUGUCCAUCGAUUUCUCAAUUGCGCAAGACAUUAUCUUCACCAAUUACAUCUUGGUCGCAUGUGUGUUGACAAUCCUCUGUCUAACUGUGCUCUCUGUGGCCUUCCUCAUUCUGUGGAAAAUGACAGGGACAAGGGGGGACUACAGCCAGCCACCGCCACAGCCCCCCUUGCCGUAUAGUGUCCCCCCAACUGUCGCCUCACUUGAUAACUUUUCAUCAUGCACUUACAACGAGAGUGACUUGGAGCACAACGGAGAAUAACAAACAACACGUGAACUAAGUUUCACUUUGGAGUACAAUGCCCGAGUUGCCCACCAUGAAAGAUAAUGAUGUCUUAUGUUCCUAAACUCAAAAACUAUGUAGAUAAAAAGAAUCUAGCUAAUUUUUCCUAUGCUGCAAAACAGUACAAA